AUGCGGCAUCCUCAGAAUGUUUUUAUUCGAAUGAUUUCAGAAGAGGAUUGCAAUAAGGCUCUGUCUCGUGAAGUCAAUGAUAUCGAUGGAAUUCCUUACCGUCCAUUCCACUGGACUCCAGAAUUUAAAGAAGAAGAAGAACCUUCGCUUGUUCCGGUGUGGAUUGUACUUCCAGGUUUGCCUCCAAAUUACUAUCAUGAAUCUUUCCUUAAAAUUCUUACUGCACCUAUUGGUAGAUUUAUUAGAAGUGAUAACUCUACUCGUUGUGUUACUCGGACUGAUGGUGCUCGCAUCUGUGUUGAAAUGGAUGUUGCUAAGACACCGUUACUUUCUUUUUGGAUUGGAAUGCCUGGUUUGGGAACUAGCAGAAAGCAAGAAAUUGUUUAUGAAACGUUGCCAGCGUUCUGUUCUAAAUGCCAUAUACAGGGACAUAAUUUAAAGACUUGCCGUGCUGGGAAAAAAAAUGUAGGAAGUAAUGUGUGGGUUCGGCAAAAAGAUCCGAUCGUGGAGGAGCCGACGGAUAAGAAUAAUAUUCCAGUUCUUGAAACUACUAAUAUUCCAGUUCUUGAACAUACAGAGGUUGAGUCAAAAGAACCAGCUGAGGAGGAUCGGGUGUUAGUUGUUCAAACGGAUAAUCUUGAUCAUUUGGAGUUGGAACCGGAAAAGGAUCAAGAGGAUAAUCUUGAGAUUCCGGAAAUUGCGGAAGAGAUGGUUCCAAGAAUUAUGAACGGACAUUUGGCUUGUGCGAACUGUUUGACGGAAACAGAAUUAGAAACAGAUAUGAGGGAGGGAGAAGUUAUUCCUAGUUCUGCAGAAAAAGAAGUAUAUGAUGGACCUGCGGAAGAGGUAUGUCUGGAAGAUGGCUCGAUGUCUGAUCCGGAGCCUGAGAAAUGUGCGGAAGUUUUUUUGCAGGAGAAGGAAUAUCACUCGGCUGCUGAAGAUGAAGUUGUUAAGCGUAAAUAUCAAAAGAGGCAGUUUGAGAAGAUCCGUAGUUCUAGGCGGGUGAUCACUAGAACACAAAAGUUUUCUCAAUGA